GUGACGUCAUAGAGGCGACGGCCUUUUAUAUGUACGAUUUAUGGAUGGGACACACGCUCCUGUUGGAUCUCUUAAAUAUACGAUAGAAUGGAAAACAUUUGCAUUGACAGUUUAAUCCUUAAACUUCACGAUGUGAACGCGGUGAAGUUUGGAGAGUACAAGCUGAAGAGUGGCAUGACGACACCUAUUUAUAUCGAUCUGAGAGUUCUGGUAUCGCACCCUGCUCUCAUGAAUCAGGUGGCAAGUCUCAUCUACCAGCGAGUGCAAGAAGAGAAGCUACAGUUUGACUCAGUGUGUGGGGUUCCAUACACAGCCCUACCUUUGGCCACAAUUAUCUGCUCUAAACAUGAACUGCCCAUGCUCAUCAGGAGAAAGGAGGCCAAGGACUAUGGAACCAAGCGUGUGGUGGAGGGGUCGUAUCGUGAGGGGGAUCUCUGUCUGAUCAUUGAGGACACAGUGACUACUGGCAGCAGCAUCUUGGAGACUGCUGAAGUGCUCAACAAAGAGGGACUGAAGGUGACAGAUGCCAUUGUACUAAUGGACAGAAAUCAAGGUGGUGUGGAGAUGUUGCAUUCUGUGGGAAUCAAGCUCCAUCCUAUCAUCUCCAUGUCCAAGCUGCUCAAUGUGCUGCUGGCAGCCAAACGCAUCAACGAUCAAACUUUUCAGAGAGUCCGCAAGUUCAUCAUGGACAACAACACUUUCAGGCCGAAGGAGGAGAAUGCCAGUGAUGUUCCUGCCACCAAGAAGCCAUGUGUGGAGCAGAACCUGCAGCUGAGUUAUGCAGACAGAGCUAAACUUCCAAACAUUCACCCUCUGGCAUCGAAGCUGCUGAAGAUCAUGGACGAUAAGAGGUCUAACCUCUGUGUGUCUGCUGAUGUGACCAGCAGCAAGGAGCUUCUUCAGUUGGCCGACUCUCUAGGUCCCAAGAUCUGCAUGCUGAAGACACAUGUAGACAUCCUCAAGGACUACACAGUGGCCUUCAGCCAGAAACUGCAGGCAUUGGCCGAGAAACACAACUUCCUCAUCUUUGAAGAUCGCAAGUUUGCUGACAUUGGGAACACAGUCAAGCAUCAGUAUGAAGGUGGUUUGUACCAGAUCUCAUCUUGGUCCCACAUAGUGAAUGCUCAUGUGGUGCCGGGGCCCGGGGUGGUGGCGGGUCUGAGUGCUGUAGGAAAGACUCUGGGCCGAGGCUGUUUGCUCAUUGCACAGAUGAGCUCCCAGGGGUCGUUGGCUACUGGUGAAUACACAAAUACUGUGCUGAAGAUGGCAGAGGAUCACUCGGACUUUGUGAUCGGCUUUAUCUGUGUUUCUAAGAUCACCAAGAAGCCAGAGUUCAUCUACAUGACCCCUGGGGUUCAGAUGCAGGCUGGAGGUGAUAUGUUGGGCCAGCAGUACACAACUCCGGAGGAAGUUAUCCACAACCAUGGCUCUGAUGUCAUUAUUGUGGGACGGGGUGUGUUGGAGGCUCCUGAUAGGCUGAAAGCUGCCGAGUCAUACAGAAAGUCAGGCUGGGAUGCUUACACAAAGAGACUGAGCCAGAGUGGGCAAUAAGAGCUCAGGAGUAGCAUCUGCAUCAUUACAUCUAAUUUCAAAUUUCAACUAUAGAUGUAAUGAUGAUCUCUGCAGAUGAACUAGAACUAUUUAAUUUUACAUUGUCCAGGAACAGGAGUGUGCAUGUUAUUGUGCAUAUAGUCAUAUGUAUACAUGUGCAUCUGUACACCACACUGCCAAAUCAAAAUACACACCUGUUCCUGCACAAAUACAUAGUUUAUUAACAUUUGCAGGGGAUACCUGACAGGAGUAGGGAAUCAGACACUUUGUGUUCUUUUGAUCCUGUUUUAUGAAGAAGCUGCUUUAAAUGUUCUUCUGAUUCCCUCCUCUUGACCUUACAUCUGAUCCCCUGAGGUACGACCAGAUCUAAAAACGCUCACUUUGAGGAUGAACUACAGGUUACCUACAAUAAGUAGUUUUAUUUGAAAUCAGGUUUUUAAUUGUACAUUUUUCCCUGGGCUCCUAAAAUAAUCAGUCACUCAUCAACCAAGACCUCAUUCCACUGACAAAGAUGACCACGUCCAGUCAGCGUGAAGCCUUUCUUUCUCACUAGCCCACAGGUUUGUCGUUCAAAUAAGAGUGAGUGUGGCUCAAACGGUUUGAUUGUUGUAUAAUAUUAGUUAAUAUUAUACUAUGCAUCUUACACAUCACUGUUCACAAGAUUAGACAUACCAGUUAGUGCAAGACAGUGUCUUUAACACUUCAAAAACCUAACUCAUCUCUACUAGCAACAGUCUUUCACUCUGAACAAAUCAGCAUUAUUAAACAGUUUCAUAGUCUUGAUAUUAUUUAAUUUAUAGGUCAACUACAAAAUGAUAGCUUUUGAUUUGCCUGAUUGAUUGCGAUUGAGUACCCUGAAGAGAGCAGUCUGCUUGAUAUGAUUUCAGUCUUUCAGCGCCUGUAUUAUUAGCUGUAUGAUCAGUGUAGCCCCUCAGAUCAUUGUGAAUUACAAAACGAGGGAAUAAUGAUUGGAACCAGAUUAAUCAUCACACCUGACAUGAUUAAAUCCAACGCCGUCCACGUUGCCUAAUUUAAAAGAACAAAUGCUGAUUUGAGGCAAUAAUUGUCUUUAUAAUAUUCUCUUACACUGAACUUGCUUGGGUUUUUCUUCCAUAUAGUUUCCUUCCAUGUAGUUCCUGAGAUGCAGUGUCUACUUGAAUAAAUCUUAGAGUGGCAUGAAAAAGUACUGGAAUAAAAAAACUGGAAUUUUCUUUA